AUGUUUGCCCGAACAGCCACAGCAGGUCUCCGAACCGCCUUUAGGGCCGCCCCCAGGGCCGGUUUCUCCGCGCCUCGACUGGCCGUCCCGAGACAGAGCCUUCAGAUCCGCUUCCUGUCUGCCGAGACACGCACAGCCAUCGACAAGGCUGUUGCCUCGGCGCCCGUGGUCCUCUUCAUGAAGGGUACCCCUGAGACUCCCGCGUGCGGCUUCUCGCGCGCCGUCAUCCAGAUCCUUGGCCUCCAGGGCGUCGAUCCCACGCGCUUCGCCGCCUUCAACGUCCUCGAGGAUGCCGAGCUGAGGAGCGGUAUCAAGGAGUAUUCCGACUGGCCGACGAUACCCCAGCUGUACGUCGAGAAAGAGUUUGUUGGUGGUUGCGACAUUCUCGUCAGCAUGCACCAGAAUGGCGAUCUCGCCAAGCUGUUUGAGGAGAAGAAGCUCGUGGUGGAAGAGGGCAAGGAGGAGAAGACCGAGUAG